AUGGGAGAUUGGGAAAUGGAGCGCCUGCAGUCUUACUUGUGGGGUUGGAUUGCAGACACGGGAUGUCUUCUGUUCUCACCUGCUGUCAAGAGAAACUAAUGAGACCGUCAUUUUGGCAGAUGAAUUGUGCUAUAAACCUAAGCCAUCCCUUGUGCAAGCCUGUAAUCGCUUUGACUGCCCACCAUCCUGGUAUCCUACAGAAUGGCAAGAGUGUUCACAGACAUGUGGCGGUGGUGUCCAGAAGCGAGAUACACUUUGUAAGCAGCAUCUGGCAGAUGGAAGCUUGUUAGAACUGCCAGAAACCUUCUGCUCCACACCAAGGCCAGUUAUCCAACAAGUCUGCAAAAAUGAGGAUUGUCCCAGUGAGUGGCUUUUCUCUGACUGGGCACAGUGUUCAGUGAGCUGUGGAGAGGGCACCCAGAGUCGAAAUGCUAUUUGCAGAAAGAUACUGAAAACCGGGCAUUUUGUCAUCAUCAAUUCCUCACUGUGCCCACCUUUGCCAUUCUCAUCCUUGACCAGGCCCUGUGCUCCAGGCACCUGUACAAGGCACAACAGGCCAGCUCAUAAGCAAAGCCCCCACAUUAUGGCCAUAAAGAAAGUUUACAUCCAGACAAGGAAGCAGAAGAAACUACACUUUGUUGUGGGUGGGCAUGCUUACCUGCUGCCCAAAACUUCUGUAAUUCUCCGAUGCCCUACAAGGAGGUUCCGGAAAUCAAUGAUCACUUGGGAUAAGGAUGACAAGAGGCUCAUCAGCUCAGCUCACACCACCAUUACACCCUAUGGAUAUAUGAAAAUCAACCGUUUGAAAACUUCAGAUACUGGGACAUACACCUGCACAGCAGGGCCAGUCCAGGAGCAUUUUGUAAUUAAACUAAUUGGAAGCAACAAGAUCAUUGCUGGGCAACCAGCUGGUAUUAGGGAAGAAGAGACUAUGAGAAAGCCCAGCUUAAAUGAAGCCUUGAGAACAGAGGAGAAGCAUAUCAAUGGGAUUCUUUUCAAUGGGAGCAAGGCUGAAAAGCAAGGGCACCUUGCUGACCCUAGCAGGUGGUAUGAUUAUAUUAUCUCAAGGCUGCUGCAGCACAGGGGCUGGCCAGGGGAAAAUCUGGAGUCCUGGGAAGCCCAGGAAUCCACAGAGAGAAAUGCAUCAUCAGAGGAGGACCAGAGCCGGGAGCAUAGCCUGCCGUUUACUAUGGUCACAGAGCAGAAACGCUUGGAUGAUAUCGUAAGCAAUUUGUCUCAACAGCCUGAGGAGCUUAAAGAUGUCUACACUGAGCAGCUUGUUGUGCAACUGGCUCAUGAGGUUUUCAAGAGUCACUUGGAGCACCAGGUAUCUGUUAUCAGAACAUCAAGGAAAGGAGUAGAUUCGACCUCGGUGGAGCACCCUGUCCACAGACAUGUUUCUGGAUUUACCAGCUCCCUGAGGACAUCAUCUGCUGAAGCAUUCCUUCCUACCUCUGUAGACGUGGUAAAAGGCUUGCAGAGACCUCAUCAAAAGCCUGCCAUCCUGCGAAAGAUUUCAGCAGCACAACAGCUUUCUGCUUCAGAGGUUGUUACCCACCUGGGACAGACAGUGGUCCUAGCCAGUGGCACACUGAGCGUGCUGCUUCAUUGCGAAGCAGUGGGAAACCCAAAGCCCACCAUCAGCUGGGCUAAGAAUGGAGAGGAGGUGAAAUACAAUGAUAGGAUGCUACUUCAGCCUGAUGACUCCUUGCAGAUUCUAGCACCUGUGGAAGCUGAUGUGGGUUUCUACGCUUGCAAUGCGUCUAAUGCCCUGGGAUCUGACUCUGUCUCCAUUGCUGUUACGCUAGCAGGAAAGCCACUGAUAAAGGCAUCAAGAGCUACAGUGAUCAACACUGAAUCGCCUGCUGUCACUGUUGAUAUUGGCAGCACAGUGAAAACAAUCCAGAGAGCGAAUAUUACCAUUAGCUGCCAGGUUGCAGGUGUUCCUGAAGCAGAAGUUACUUGGUUUAAGAACAAGGUCAAGCUGUCCUUUGCUCAUCAUCUGCAUGAUGGGUUGCUGCUAAUUCCAAAUGUUUCUCUGCCAGAUCAGGGGGUGUACUCCUGCAAGGCAGCCAAUCUUCGUGGGGAGGUAACUGAAAGCUCCCAGCUGUUGGUUCUUGAGCCUCCACGACCUCUUCCUUACCUAAAAGACUUAACAGCGGUGCUUUCCAGUGCUGUGACCAGCACUCGUUCAGUACUGACCUCUCCUUCAGGAACAAACAUGACCAUCAGUCCAGGGAGCUCUGCUCUCAUAGGUUGUGCUGUGGAUGGUCAUCCAACCCCAAACAUCACGUGGCUUUACUCUGGUAAGCCACUCAGUCUGCAGCAUCGCCUCCUGGCAGCAGGACGGAUUCUUCAGAUACUCAAUGUUAGUGAUGCUCUGGAUGGUGAAUUCAGCUGCCUUGCUCAGAAUGAGGCCGGCUUGCUCACACAAAAAACGUCCCUGGCUGUACAAGAAUACCAGUGGUCAGUGGACAAGCUGAUGGCUUGUUCAGCUUCCUGCGGCCACAAAGGCGUACAGCUGCCCCAGCUGAGGUGCUUACUAGAUGGGGCCGAAGUCAACAUAUCCCACUGCAAAGAGAAGCCCAAGCCAGCCCUGCAGCCCAUUGCAUGCAACAGGAGAGACUGCCCUUCACGAUGGAUGGUAACGUCGUGGUCUUCUUGCACACGGAGCUGUGGUGGAGGCAUCCAGAUUCGGCGAGUGACAUGUCAGCGCCUGACAGUGAAAGGCAACUCUGUCCCAGUGUCAAAUGAGGCUUGUGCCCAGGUGUCGAAGCGCCCUGUGGACACACAGAACUGUAACAGGCAGCCCUGUGUUGAGUGGGUUGCCUCCUCCUGGGGCCAGUGUAAAGGGCCUUGCAUUGGACCACGACUGGCUGUACAGCACAGACAGGUAUUUUGCCAGACCAAAGAUGGGACUUCUGUGUCAUCUGAUCAGUGCAGUGCCUUACCAAGGCCAUUGAGCACCCAGAACUGCUGGACUGAUCUCUGUGGUGUGCAUUGGAGGGUCAGCCUGUGGACUGUCUGCACAGCUCCAUGUGGAAACUACGGCUUCCAGUCCCGGCACGUCGACUGCGUGCACAUCCGCACCAACAAGCCUGUGCUGGAGCAUCACUGCUCUUGGAGGCCACGGCCAGCCAACUGGCAGCGCUGCAACAUCACACCCUGUGAAAACGUGGAGUGCAGAGACACCACAAGGUACUGUGAGAAAGUGAAACAGCUCAAACUCUGCCAACUCACCCAGUUCAAGUCACGUUGCUGUGGAACUUGUGGAAAAGCUUGAAGACAAAAGUAGUGGAAAUGGAGGAACAAGGGGAUCACAGACUUUGCUUCGAUGACGCAAGGACUUUUAAAGAAAGUAUAGAUGGAAUGGAAUUCUUUUUUUCAUUUUAUUUAUUUAUUUCCCUAAAA